GCAGGGAAGGGGCCACCAUGGGAUGUACUCUGAGCGCAGAGGAGAGAGCCGCCCUCGAGCGGAGCAAGGCGAUUGAGAAAAACCUCAAAGAAGAUGGCAUCAGCGCCGCCAAAGACGUGAAAUUACUCCUGCUAGGGGCUGGAGAAUCGGGAAAAAGCACCAUUGUGAAGCAGAUGAAGAUCAUCCAUGAAGAUGGCUUCUCUGGAGAAGAUGUGAAGCAGUACAAGCCUGUUGUCUACAGCAACACCAUCCAGUCUCUGGCAGCCAUUGUCCGGGCCAUGGAUACUUUGGGUGUCGAGUACGGUGACAAGGAGAGAAAGGCAGACUCCAAGAUGGUGUGUGAUGUAGUGAGUCGUAUGGAAGACACCGAGCCCUUCUCUGCAGAGCUGCUUUCUGCCAUGAUGCGACUCUGGGGUGACUCAGGGAUCCAAGAGUGCUUCAACAGGUCUCGGGAGUAUCAGCUCAAUGAUUCUGCCAAAUACUACCUGGACAGCCUGGAUCGGAUUGGAGCCGCCGACUACCAGCCUACCGAGCAGGACAUCCUCCGAACCAGGGUCAAAACCACUGGCAUUGUAGAAACCCACUUCACAUUCAAGAACCUCCACUUCAGGCUGUUCGACGUUGGAGGCCAGCGAUCUGAACGCAAGAAGUGGAUCCACUGCUUUGAGGAUGUCACGGCUAUCAUCUUCUGUGUCGCGCUCAGCGGCUAUGACCAGGUGCUCCACGAGGAUGAAACCACGAACCGCAUGCAUGAAUCCCUGAAGCUUUUUGACAGCAUCUGCAACAACAAGUGGUUCACAGACACGUCCAUCAUCCUGUUUCUCAACAAGAAGGACAUAUUUGAAGAGAAGAUCAAGAAGUCUCCACUGACCAUCUGCUUUCCUGAGUACACAGGUCCCAGUGCCUUCACAGAAGCAGUGGCUUAUAUCCAAGGGCAGUAUGAGAGCAAGAACAAGUCAGCCCACAAGGAGAUCUACACCCACGUCACCUGUGCCACAGACACCAACAACAUCCAGUUUGUCUUUGAUGCAGUGACGGACGUCAUCAUCGCCAAAAACCUCCGGGGUUGUGGACUCUACUGAGCCCUGGCCUCCUGCCCAGCCGCUCACACCCUGCCCAGCCCAUAGCCCACUCCUCCCCUGGACCUAGAGCUCUGCCACCAUUCAGAUGCUUUGUGCACUGGAGGAAAACCCAGAGCCUGGGUCUGGGGGCGAGGAGGAGGCAUCCUUCAAGCAUCCCCACCCCACCCCACUCCAACUGCAGGACACGUGGUAACGGGGUCGGGCAGAGGUACUGAGUGCCACACACCAUAAGGCCAGAGACCCCUGCGUACCACCUGGGUGCCGCUCACUGGUUUGCUAUGUCUCUAAGUGUUUUACUCAGAGACUGAGUGGCAGGAGUAGACAAAUCUACCAUGUGGUCCAGAAUGGGUAUGACCUAUACUCCAUGCCUCAUACUCAAAAGUCCCAGUAUCUCCUGUCAUCUGGGGUGAUACAGGUGGCUGGUAGGAUGGCCUAUGGGAGGAUGCUGGCUGAUUAGGGGGUAGUAGACAGCCAUCCCUCAGCUUUUGUUUGGGGUCUCUUUGGUGGAGGGCAGUUCCGUCGCCAAAAGCCAGGGUGGAACUAGGCCACUUUGUGGGGUGUAAAGGCUGGGGCUUCUGGGAGAGCCGCCCUCCUCCCUCAUCUUGAAUCUUGGUCCUUCUUUGGUCAUCUUCCCCUCACUCCUUGGACUCCCCAGGAAACUCAGCUCUGACCUCCCUAGGCCUGAAAUGGUCCUGAGACUGGCUGGCUGCAAAGGUAGAUGAGAGAAUGAGCUCUGCAUCUGCAGAAGUUAGAUGGGUAGGGAAGCUGUGGGAAAUGGGUGGCUCUCUGCAUGGGCUGGGGCCUCCCACUCCUUGCCACAGGUGCUGACAGAGCCGUCUGCUGUGUCCACUCACAUGGGCUCAUCUGCCCCAGGUAUAGUAUACAUGCUCUUCUCCAAGUCACAGUAACUCCAGCCAGCCAGAGCAGGCAGAGACACUGGGCUAGUUCUUUAGGCAGAAGCACAGGAGAGCUACGAGCCAGUCCGUACUCUGCUUUACUCCAUCUUUGUCAAGAAGUCAGGAAGCCUGUGGUGACCCCUGGCCUCCUCAGGAAGUUAGGUGGUAGGUCAGUACCCUGGAGUGUGACUCAGGAGGGGCUCUGGCCAGCUCAGACUCACCCUACUCCCAGGGAGAGAGACUUAGGACCCCUAGGAGGGGCCUUUGCUUCAGAGCUCCCUGAGCAAAAGGGGGUAGGAUAGUUUUGGUGACUGUGACCUUGGCUGAGUUUGGACAGUCAGCACACCUCCCUCAAUCCUAGGCAUCUCCAGUACACAGGUCUGUAUGGUCAUGUGGCAAGCUGUGCCUAGGGCCUACUGCCUACUGAGGGCAGUAGGAAGAAGUCAGCCCCCCAGAGGGGUCUCUGUUCCCCUCCAACCCUGGCCUCUACUUUGAACACUGCUCAGUCCCAUGCCAGGCAGGACCUCUGUCCUGCCAAGAAACAAAAGAACCCCUUGCAACAGCUCUGGGCUUGUUAGUUGCAAUAAGCACAGAGUUCUGAAUGGCACAGGGAGACAUAGGGACCUUCCCCAGUGCCAAAUGCUUGCAGGGAUGGUACCUCUGGGUAGCCCACCCCAGUCAGGCUGCCUUGCUGCUGCCCCCUCAACCCAGGUCCACUUCCAUUUUAUACACCUCCAUCAUUUUAGGACCUUGUGUUAGGAGGUAGCAGAGAGAGGCUCUUGAAGCCUACAGUCUCAGUGUCCUGCUGUAAACAGCUAAGGCCAGCUAAGUCAUUGGCCCAAUAUUGAAGAUACAGCAGUUAUUUCCCAGCAUCACCAGCUGGAUGUGGCCACUACUGUGGCUCUGCUGCUCAAGACUGCAACCCAAGCUUCAAAAAUGCCUGAAAUCAAGGGUCUUUGGCCAAGCCCCAUCUCUGAGGCCAUUGCCAGAGAGGUAGAAGUCACCAUCCCUAUCACCCUGGAAUUCUCACACCCUGAGACCCCCCCGCCUCAAGUCACUGCAGCACAGUAGCCAGAGCCCUGGCUAGAGUUGGGGCCUAGACCCAACCCUCCCCACUCCUGUCCCCCAGGCUGCUUUCUCUUACCUACUCUGUACUGUCUAGUGUCUUGCACUGCUUUCAACUCUCCCACCCCAGCCUGCCAAGGGAGGGAGGUCUUACACUGUCUUCUGUAAACCCCCAAGAACAUUGUCCAAUGGGAAGAGUGUCCCCUGUGUACCCUGUCUCCUAUCCAUGUCAUCACCAGCAGCUCCACCAUAGGGAGACAACUGAGGGUGACAGACACAAGUCUUGGCUCCGUCGUGGCUAUGGGUAUGGGAGGAGACGUGUUCUGAGUGACCAGACCAGUCUUAUCUACAGUGGCCCUGUGUCCCCAGAGAGGUCAUACUGCAUUCUCUGAAUGGCUCUAACUCAGCAGGCCAGGGGGAGCUGAUUUCCAGGAAGCCUGCCUUCACCAUAUUUAUGGAACCAUGCCUAUCACCUAGAUGCCCAUGGACAGUCCUGUGCCCUGUGCCAAUGGCCAUCCCAAGAAGCUGCCCUUUGAACAUAGGUAGAGACCCCCAAGGCUCUGGUCUGCUAUUGGACUCUGGCUUGGGAAUUCAUGUGGAAUUUCCCAGCCUGUGCCACUGACCUGUAGUUCCUGCCUUCUCUUUCCCAUGACCAACCCUAGAUCCUUUCUGACCCCGUUGGCUCAGGCAGAAAAUCCCCAGUCUUUCAACCCAGGCCCAUAUCCUGCUGGUGGGAACUGGAGGCACUGACCUGAAUGGACUGCACUGGAUAUCACUGAGUAUCCUCGGAAACAGACAGUCCUCUUCCUAGCUCCAUAACCCAACUAUCUACAGGGCUCCCCUCCAGGGAAGAUUGGCUAUGAUUCGUUCAGGCCUUUGCUUGCUCCCAUGGCGUCUACGUACUGGAUGCCACAGCCAGUGCCCUGGGGCAAGCUAAACCUUACCCUUAGCCCUCCAUCUGACCCGCCUUCUUGACAAGGAAAUUCAGCCCACCCGGGAAGGAAUCUCAUGAGGCCUCCAUUUCUUCCCUCUUGACCAAAUAGUAGCCUACCGGCCCUUUCUGAGGGUCCUGGGGCACGGAGCCUUUUCUGGCUGCCUCUACUCUCCUCUGAGCCUUUUGGGAUUCUCCAGGCACAGCCCCGCAACUCUCAAGAACUCAGACCUGAGACUUCAGCUCCAUGGUCACCAGAGAUGAAUUCUGGGGUACCAGAGGCAAGCAUCUACCAGGCUGUUGUCCCUGUCAGGCUACAUACAGAAUGAAGAUCCCAGCAUCCCAAACAGGACCAGGGUAUGAACAUCUCAUUCUCCUCAUCCUCUACCCUCAGCAAGGUAAGCCCUGUACCCACCAGAGUGGGGCAGGGGCGCACAGACAGAUCCCCCCCCCCAUGCCAAAUGAUGGCCCUGUCAAGGGAGCAGGUAGGGGAAAACCAAAAAGAAUGGGCCCCAUCCAAAGUUUUGGGCCCUCUGGUCAGGGCAGGGUACCUGUUGAAGGGCCGUUUUCUUCUCCCUAGGCCCUAGCACAAAAGUCCACCAGCAGAAAUGGCCCUUCCCAACAGCUCUCAGGCCCUGCUCCCCACCCCCUUCCCCUUAGCAACCUGCACCAGCCACAGCAUGGGCAGCAGCCCUCUACUUCCUGGUCUCCCCACAGCUUCUGUCUUUCCUAUCACCUGUUGUGUAUGUUGUAGUCCCGGGCCAGGAUCCAGGCACCCCAUACUCCCCUUAGCAGAACCUUCUUAGGUACAGUGCUCCCACCUCCUGAACUAUCGCCACCAUCUACCCUAAUUAACUGUAAUUUUGUAAGAAGAGUGACUUGCCUCUUUAAUAAAUAUCUAGUUAUUGUAAUAAUUUAUUGGCUGCCAUAAUGUAUUUAUUAGUCAUCCACUAUUAAUAAAACGUGCCAGCUCUUUCUAGCAUGAGUGUGAUGUGUUGUGUCAGUCAGUGCUGAAGAGCCUCUGCCAGGUGUACUCAUGUGGCAUGUGUUCUUACCCUGCCUAGUCUCAGGACUAGCAGCCUGGCAGAGUGGGCAUAGCCCUGCCAGGGGCAGAAUUCAGGCCCCUGGCCACUCUGCCCACCCCAGGCUUACCGGGAGGCAGAGGAAGAUUUGUCCUGAGCUGAGCUGCCUCCCAGGCCCAGGGUCUUAGCAUCCUGGUGUCCCAAGAUUCCUAGGACCCACAGUGAACAUGCUUGUGCUGCACAGCUGGGCACUGGCCAUUCUGAGAUGGCUUUCCUGCUGUUCUCUGCUCUGCUGCAGCCUGGGUAGGUGGAGGACUUGGGGAAGUUGAGCUUAGGGAGGACUCCAGUGGCUCCGUGCGAAGGCAAUAGCAGGCUGUUGGCCAUCUGUGACCCUUGACCUCUCCUCAAAUGUUGACAUCUGAUUUACAUGUACCUGACCUCUAUUUCCUCCUUUGAAUAUAAGCUGUGCUCUGGGCCUGUUGGUACCCGGCUCCUGUGGGAUGGCAGUCAGGCUGGGCAUGGAAGGAGGGAGGUCUCGGUACCGGCGUUCCCUGACCAGCAGCUCCCGCCUCACUGCCUCUCAGGGUUUCUAGGGUCAGCCCUUCUUUCCGGGCUCAAUAUGCCCUGUCCCCACAGAGCAAGUCUGUAUACAUUUUCUGCCCCCUAGACCCUCUGCCCCUCUCUGUUGCUCCCAGGACCUCAGAUCAUGUUCAUGUGUGUAUUUUGUCACUGCCCCACUAGAUUGUGAGCUCUCAGAGGACAGGCUCCUGUCCUGGUCACCCUAUAUCCCUGCAGCAGCU